CUUCCCUCGUGUGCUGAUCGAGCUCGCGUUGCCGAUCGAGCUGGCCGAUCGACCGCGGUGCCUUGAGAAAUUAAGCUGGGCACGUGCUUCCCUCGUGUGCUGAUCGAGCUCGCGUUGCGCGAUCCAGCUGGUCGAUCGAACGCGGCGUCUUGAGAAUAGUACGUUAGCGCAUGCCCCGGAAGUAUGGGUAGACACUCGAAGAAACGACGUCAGCUUGCCGUCACUACUCCGAAGCCAUCGUCAGUACGAGCUGAAGUCCUGCCUCCCACGGCGACUUCAGCUGCUGGUACUGCUUCGGGUGGCCAGCAGCCGCGCAAGCGCAAGAAGAGGAAACCGAAACGCCGCCGAAGAAGAAACGAAGAGCCAAUCCUUGGCGAAAUCACGCACCUGAACCCCAUCCGGCAGUAUGGGAUCAUCAAUGAGGAGCACUACUUCAGGCUGAGCCUGGCACCGGGCGAGCACUUGACCGUGUCCACCAAGGUGCUCUUCCGCCUCCAUGCCACCAGCCGGCAAGUUAGAGAGCUGUCGGUGCUACCCGAGCCACCGCCUUCCAGCAUUGUGGCCAAGGUUACAAAACUGGGCGACCACUGCCUCCACCUCCUGGACGUCGCCAGACCUGUUCAGCUGUCGGCAGGGUAUGAGCCAGACUUUGAGGUGUGCUCGGGUGAUUGGGUGCGCCUGCACCUUGACAAAGUGACUGGCAGUGCAACUGCAGUUGAAGCUUUGCGAUCGAAGCACAUUAUAGGACAGGUGACCCGCCUCACAUCUACAGGUGGCAUCAUUGAACAGCAGAUAGCGUUCUCAACGGACCAGUGGCCAACUGAUGCAGCAAGAUUGAAAGCUGGGCUGCAAGUCGCAGUUCAUGCCAUCGAAAGUGACCAGGGCAGCCUUGCAUGGCGGGCUGUGUCACUGGAGGUGUAUGAUGAGAAGGCAGUGCCGUCCAGCCCAUCCUGCCACAAUGGUAUCAUUGCAAGCAAGCUCUGUCAUAUCCCCGAUGGCCUUGAUGUUCCAAAGGAAGUUGACUUUGGCGAAAUUAGUCCUGGGGAGAGCCACUCUUUGCAGCUUUGCAUCACGAAUGCGACGGACAGGCCACACCUGCUGGUUUCAUGCAAGUUUAAUUCUGCAGCCAAGCAAGUGGCACUAGCUAAAGCCUUUCAGCCCUACUUGAUUGCAUCAGGUGACAAGUACAACUUGGAUCUUGUGUGUAAAGCCAGCGAACUAGGCACAAGCAACGAGAAAAUAGAGCUGGAAUUUGAGGAAGGCUUCUUCAUCCAGUGUGUUGCCACUGUAAGAGUGGUGGACCCUUUGGAGGCAAAGCUGGCACCAUCGAGCAAGGCUUCAUCUGUAAAAAAAUUGCAGACCAUCAGUCGAGCAUUCCAGGAACAGCUUUGGACUGUGCCUGGCGAGCGAUGUCCCAUGCGCCAGGCAAAGCUUCCUGAAGGGUUGCCUCACUUUCCAGUGAACCCAGCAUUCUGGAAGAUGACAACUCGAGAACUAGAGAGGUUCGUCAGUGGAUUGCUUCGCCAGCCUCUGUGUCCCGAAAACUAUGUAGAGAAACUUCAGCUGCUGUUGCACCUGGAGGAAGUGCAGCUGAGCCGUGAUCUGGAGGAGCGAGUCCUCUGCCCUGCCCCUCUGCGCAUUGAUGGCUGCCUCGCUCGGCUAAACCUCAGCUCAUGGCUGGAAGAGGCCCAGUUCCCGCCCCGGGUGGGUGAUAGAGUGUUGCUGCAGCCAGCAGAUGCCCCCAGUGUCCAGCUCAAUUUCGAAGGCUUCGUGCACCAGGUCAUGUCUGAUGAGGCCAUUCUGAGAGUGAGUCCUGCCUUUCAUGAAGAGAUGGUGAAAAAUCCAGGGCAGACGUGGGAGUUGCGUUUCCAACUCAACCGCACCCCCUUGCGACGCUGCCACCUGGCUGUACGAAUCUCGCGGCCUCUGAUUCGUUCCUUGCUGUUUCCCAAGAAACAACCACAGACAGUGACGAGGAAGUGGCCCCUGAAACUGGUCAAUGAGCAGCUCAACGAGUUGCAGCAGGAGGCAGUCAACCGGAUCAUGGUCGCAUCCAAGUGUUCCUUGCCGUACGUUGUUUGGGGACCUCCCGGCACUGGGAAGACUGUCACUCUCGUUGAGGCCAUCCUGCAGGUGUUCUUGAACAUAGAGCACAGCCGAGUGAUAGCAUGUGCACCAUCAAACAGUGCGGCAGACCUUCUGGCGGAGAAGCUAUGGACGUCUGGCAAACUGGUAUCCUCAGACAUAGUGCGCCUCUUGGGUUUCCAGAGGGACGUCGAUGCCGUCCCACCUCGUAUCAAGCACAUAUGUGUGAAUACGGGUAACUUGAAGAAGGCAGCCCGUCACCGAAUCGUUGUGGCCACAGUGGCCACUGCAGGUGCUCUGUAUGGUCUGGGGCUUCCACCCGAUCACUUCACCCAUGGCUUCUUGGAUGAGGCAGGACAAGCAACUGAGCCUGAGACCUUAGUAGUGAUGGGCUUGGUGUGCCUGGCUGGAGGAAGCCUCAUUCUAGGUGGAGACCCCAUGCAGCUGGGGCCGGUGGUACGGUCACGGCUGGCAGUCAAGGGAGGCCUCGGGGAAUCCCUGCUUCACCGACUCCUCCUCGGCAGCAGUGGCAUGAGCCAACCAAAGCAGCUGAAUUGUCUGCCUCUCACACGGCUCAGAAACAGCUAUCGUUGCACACAGUCCCUGCUGGAGCCAUACUCCAAGCUCUUCUACGAUAGCCAGCUUCUGAGCUGUGUGGGCAAACAAGAUCGAGGUGCCCUGCCCGACUUCCCAGUGUUCUUUCACGGCGUGCGGGGCUGUGCACAGAAGGAAGGCAGCUGCCCUUCUUGGUUCAACCCAUCAGAAGUGGUGCAAGUGACACGCUACCUUCAACGAGCGUUUGGCCCUUGGGGCCUGCUGCCCGAGCAAGUGGGCGUGGUCACGCCAUAUCGCAAGCAGGCACAGAAGCUGCGUUGCCUCAUGGACUCCCUCGAUCUGCCCCACUGCAAGCUUGGUUCGGCCGAGGAGUUUCAGGGACAGGAACGCAGCCUUAUCAUUGUCUCUACGGUUCGAGGGAGUGAGGCAAUGUCGGCAAACAGCAGCAUCCAAAACCUGGAUUUCAUCUUCUGUGCCAGGCGCUUCAAUGUGGCCAUCAGUCGAGCCAGUGCCAUGCUUGUGGUUGUGGGCAACCCUGAUGUGCUCACACUGGAUGCAAAUUGGAAGUCUCUAAUGGACUACUGCUCGUCACACAAGACUUGUUACGGUCUAGCUGCUGAACCAGUUGAAACACCACGUUGAAGUGCCGCAGACCAAUGGCCUAAUGAAAUGUGCAUUGCUGUGAUAAUUAAGUGAUUCGAAGUGUAGCAUGAUUUUUGGUAGUCUUUAAUACUAAUAUUAUUCGUGUGUAUGAUAGUGAUUCGUAGUGUAGCAUGAUUUUUGUUAGUCUUUAAUAAUAUUAUUUACGUGUAUGAUGGUAAGUGAUUCGAAGUGUAGCAUAAUUUUUGUUAGUCUUUAAUAAUAUUAUUUGUGUGUAUGAUGGAAAUCUGGGCCCGCAAUCAUUUUAAUAAAUGACAUGCCACAUAAUCCACAUCAUCACCGUGUAUCACAUUGCCAUUCUUUUACUGUUCCAGAAUAUAUUUCCUUUGACGUGUUAUAUUCAAGUGAAUAUGUGGGGAUUUAAUUGUGACGAUUUCUCGCUUCAUAAUGAUAGUGUGCUUGCAGUUUAAGCACACCUUAUAAGUAUAGAAAAUUGUAGACUUCUUUGAUUGCUGCUUCAAUAAGGCUUCGACUGGAGCUAGUUAGUAUGACAUCGUUCUGUUUAGAAGAAACUGCGCAUGUGUGUCAGUUUCAUUUAUUUUGUCUGUUGUGUAACAGAAUAGCGCAGUAAACAGAAUGAUUAUUGCUUGUAUAGUAUGUUCAAUAUUGCUGAUUUCAGCAUCUCAGUUUUGUACUUUUUACACUAGUUUCCAGAUGGAUUGUUCUGUUUCCCUAAUUGGGGGAAGUGUUCCCUUGAAAAUCGCUGUGGACUGAAGACUGUAAGAGACGUUGAAAAGCUGUGCUCGCUUCUUUGCUGUGGCUCAAGAACAUUGUGAUCCAAUUCAUGGCAAUGCAAUGAUAGAACUGGCAACUGUUUUGCAAGCAUGAUGUGUACCUGAGGUUUCCUGCACUAUUUUAUCAGUUGACAUUCAACAUUGCACGUUGAGCCAUGCAAUAUAUUUAUUUUGUAAUAGAUAAGCUAGAUUGUGAGAAAUAAAAGUGGUUUUUAUAUCUCUAA